UUUUCAUUUUGGUUCCUAUGAACAUCCUUAAGUACUUGGCUGGAUUGGGAUCCUGGCAGGACUGAAACCUUGGAUUUCUUUGCAUGCUAAGUGGUGUAUUUGCAGCUUUUCCUUAAAUUAUAUAACAUAGAGCUUUGAGGCUGUCCAUAGAGAGAAUUGCAGUCUUGUCAAAGAAGUCAUCGCAGAGAAGGAAUCUGAAUUCUGGCCUGCAUAAAAGAGUUCGUAGGAAGAAGUUUGUCUACUGGAUUUGUUGUCUCUAACUAGAAAAGACAUGCUUAAAUGUAGAGACUGCAAUUAGCGAAAAGAUAGCCUAGUAAAGGAGAAUCACAGUUGAGAGAGCUGGGAUCCUUCAAGCAUUGAACACUGAAGUAUUUGGUUUCAAGUUGUACUUGCCUCAUGUUUAACUUAGAGAAGUUAAAAAGACUUACCCAAUUUCCUGCCUGAUUCCAGCCUAUGGAGAGGUGCACAUGAAAAUAGGAUAAAUAUGGCUUUUAAGGGCGAGGACCACUUAGAUUCCCUUCCAUUACCAGUUCAGCGCAUGCACUUAAUUCAGGUGGACUCUGUUCAGCGAUGGAUGGAAGAUUUGAAGUUGAUGACAGACUGUGAAUGUAUGUGUAUUCUCCAGUCCAAGCCAAUCAGCAUUGAAAAAGAUGAACAAAAUGAACUUAUCCUUUCCUCACAAUACAGCAGAUGUGAUAACUUGCAGCUGCUGUUAAAAAGAGCUUGGAUCAUAAGCACAGAGUUGACCAGGAUUGCUCAAAAGCUGGAGAAGAACAGAUGGCAGAAAGUCCACAGCAUGACAGUAAGAGUCAACUGCCAUGUGCGUUCAAUGGUAAAUGAAUACAAUACGUUCACCAGGAAUCCUUCAGAAGAGAUGCACCAGUUUGAAAAACUUUUAAUAGACAAGUGUUCAGAAUUUACAGCAUUCACAGAAAGGUGCAUACAAACUGAAGAUGAGCAAAUACUGAAGUCCAUGAAAUCUUGUAUUAAUGAAACGCUCACUACCGUUGCUCAGUAUUUUGGCCAGUUGAUAGAGCUGGUUUUAACACAUGAGGCACAGAAUCUGCUGAGACAAAUAGAACUGUCGGAUAGUAUGUACAUCACUGAGUCAGCGAUUAGUAGUUUGUUCAGCCUUACCCAGGAAGGUGCGCAUCUGUGCCGUAUCGUAGCUAAGGCAGGAGGUGUAGUUGCGCUCUUUAAGAUCUGUCGCCAGGAUUGUUUCAGGUGCCUUUAUCCCCAGGCAUUGAGAACAUUGGCAUCCAUUUGCUGCGUAGAAGAAGGGAUGCACCAGCUUGAAAAGGUUGAUGGGAUACUGUGCCUGGCUGACAUUCUUACUGAUAACAGCCAUUCUGAAGCUACUCAUGCAGAAGCAGCAGCAGUAAUUGCACAGAUCACGUCUCCACAUCUCACGUUCACUCAGCAUCUUAGCAGCUUUCUGGAAAAUAUGGAAGAAAUUGUAACAGCACUUGUCAAACUGUGCCAAGAAGCCUCAUCUGGUGAAGUUUUCCUGCUGGCUUCAGCAGCUCUUGCUAAUAUUACUUUCUUUGAUACCAUGGCUUGUGAAAUAUUGCUCCAGUUAAAUGCAAUGAAGAUUCUUCUAGCAGCAUGUUCAGACAAACACAUAGUGGAUACUCCAUAUUCCCGAGAUCAGGUGGUAACAAUAUUGGCAAACAUGUCUGUCUUGGACCAGUGUGCUUCAGAAAUAAUUCAAGGAAAUGGUGUCCAACUUUUAAUGGAAAUGCUCUUUGAAAGAUCAUCUUCAGGAAAUUCAGCAGAAGUUGCUGCUUGUGAGCGAGUCCAACAGAAAUCUGCAGUUACGCUGGCACGACUCAGCCGAGAUCCUGAAGUGGCAGAUGCAGCUGUAAAACUCAGCUGUAUUCCUCGCCUAAUUAAGCUUUGCAGAUCACCAACUGAAAGAAAUAACAGUGAUUCUGUUUUAGUAGCAUGUCUGGCAGCCUUACGGAGACUAGCAGUCAUGAGUCCUGAUGGACUUGAAGAUUCAGAUUUUCAGCAGCUAGUAAAGCCCAGACUUGUGGAUUCCUUUCUGCUAUGCACAAAUAUGGAAGAGAGCUUUGUAUAAAUGUGAGCCAAAAAUCUUUGAAAAAUAAUCAUGAUGAUAGAUAAUACAAUAAGAUAAUACAUAUACAAUAAGAUAAUACAUAUACAAUUUUAUUUCAUUUUAGUCCUAUUGUUAUUUAUGACUUAUUUAUUUUAAAACCAUGAACAUGUGGUUUGUAGGAGCAGAGAAACAGAAUGAGGGAACUUGUUUCAGUGGUUUGCAAAAGUAAUUUUAUAUUUUAUUUUCCUGCCAAGACAUAUCAACAGACCUUAUCACUGCAAUCUAACAAAAUGUUACCUUGUGUAAUAUAGUUGAGUCAAGGUAACAAAGCCAAGAAUUUGGUGCUCCGAUGUUAAAUGCUUCUUAUAAUGAUAUUUUUCUACAGUUAGAAUAUUUUGCAGGGUUUUUUAAGAAAUGCUUUAGUCUCAUGCAUUUGUUGCACUAGAAGAAAACUAAUCUUUUAGCUGAAGUUAACUACUUUGAAAUGAAAAGGAUGUUACAGUCUGAGUCCAGUUCUUAACUGUUGUUAUUUUUUAAAUAGAAUUAUGAAAAUAUAGGACUGUGAUUAGCUGAAUUUUUUUUUUU